ACAAUAAGUCACACACAAAAACUAUGUUUAUUUAUUAAAAAAAUAACAAAAAGUUACAAAAGUUAAAAAUAAAUUUUAUUUUAUACGUUUUCUUAUGACACUGUUCGGGAUUGGGCAGGACAAAUAAGAUAUCAAAACCCACUAUUGAAAUAUCAUUUUUUUGGGAGAAAACUAACUUCUGACAUGUUUUCUUCAAUCAAAAAUAACAUAUACCAUCAACCUAUCUAUCUAUCAUCAACUUUGGUGGCGUGUAUGAUUCAUGGUGCCACAGCAUUGGGUGUCCCAUAGUGUCCCGAAUGCACUUAAUAUAGAAAAAAGUGAAACGUAAUAAAAAAAAUAAAUGAUACAUGAUUAUCUGUAGUGUAGUAAAAUGACAAAAGAUGCUAGAAAGUUGCACCUAAUUUUUAGUACGUGUAUAUUUUACUAAAAAAACAAUAUUAAAACAUUUCUAAAUGGUUAAAAAGAAAUUUACGCAUCACGAAAACCUUAUUAUGUCACGUGCAUCUCGAGACUACGGACUUUGAUGACUGCCACUUCGAUACGAAGUAUGGGCAACGAAAUAACUGUCACAUGAUAUUAAUUGAAUCAACUUAAACAUUCUGGAUUACCUUAAACAGUCAAUGACCUAUGGUACCCCGUGGCUCAUGGUGCCCCGGUCUCCCUUACAUUCCAUCAGCAACAAACCCCGACAACAACGACGAUUGAAUCAGAUAUUGACGAUACCAUCGAGAUCGAAGCCAGUCCACUAUCCGCGGCAGAUUGCGAAGGACAUUCAUUCAUAUCGCACAAAAACGACUGCACCAAGUAAUAUAUGUGCAACUUCGGCAAGAUCUCGGAACAGUCCUGUCCACCUGGACUCUACUAGAACAAAAACCGAUGCGACUGGCCGGAGAACACCAAGUGCAAUACUACUCAACGUCAAAGCAGCCUAUCGCCGAGAUUUAGAUUCGCAAAGAAUAUAAAAGAAAAAAAGGUGGUUUGUUACUAUACGAAUUGAGCUUGGAGGUGG